AAGAACAUUUGCUUUGAAGGAUAGUUUGGAGUUAUGCUAAAGGAAACCUUACUCUUCAUAUAUACAUGCAAGAGUUAGGUUUCCUUCUUCUCUACACUCAAACUCCUAUCUUCAAGAACAUAAUUCCUUCUUGUUGAUUAAAAAAAGAUCAUUUUGGUUUCUUUCCAAUGGCAUCUCAAAUCUCCAUUAAGCCUUCUUUCUAUGCAAGUGCACCCACAAGUCCAAGUAAAUUUUCACACCAAAACGUUAGUGGUAGUAGUAAUAAUGAUAACAGCAUGUCUUUCUAUAGUAUGCCUGCUAGUCCCACUGGAGGGACGUGGGACGAUACAUGUAGGGGUGAUCACGGACCGGUUUCGACAGCAACUAGCACGACAUCUCCAAAUGCAUACGAAGAUGCGGAUUUUGAAUUUGACGACUUUGAGUUCGAGACUAGUCGCCGUUUUAAUGUGAACGUUAUGGAUGAUUCUGGUUCAGAGAGUAGCCAGGAAGAACAACAGCAUGAAGAUCCCAAAAAGUAUUGUAAAGCACGUCACGGGUCACUUCCCGCAAUGGCAUUUGCGGAUGAGUUAUUUUCUGAUGGAAAGGUUAUGCCACUUAACCCACCACCUUGUCUGCAGUACGCGAAUUCCAGUGACAAUAAAUUUGGCAAGUAUAACUCAACCCCAACUUCACCUGCCCCAGGGAUUCCAGGAGGGGCACUAUUUAAGAUCCCAUAUCCUAGGAGGAGUUUGUGGAAUGAUGACUUUGACCCUUUCAUGGUGGCUCUGGAGAAUGUUAAGGAAGAAAAGAAAAGUGCCCAUCAUAGACGAGCUUGGUCCAUGUUGCCUUUACGGGCUUGCACCCAGUGGCAGCCUGAUGAUUUGGUGGGUUGGGAGCACCAGAAUUGCCUACACUCGAACCCUCUCAUUCUAAGCCAAAACAAGCAAAUAGGGCAAGAGCAAGAUGGUCUGAAAAGCCCGAUAAGGCUGGCUGAACCGAAGGGAGUUUUGUUUGCAAGAAGGGCUAGGAUGGUGAAAAUGGGGUACCAAGGUCCCAUCAAGCCCCCCACAAUCACUGUUUCAUCGCCCAUGGUGGAGUCAGAAGAGAAUGCAGGACUAGGUGCAAGGAGCUGCAGUGCAGAGAAUAAGUGGCAAAGGAUCAUUAGCUUUGCACUUAGAGGAAUUGGAGGCUCAACAAUGAGAAAAACAAGCGAUGAACACAAGCAAAAAAGAGACCAAAAUGUGGAGUUUUCAAGACCGAAGAUAUUGAGGAAAUUGAGCUUUAGAUCUUCUAAGAAAGUUGUGCAGUGCAAUGAAGAGAAACAAGUACCCCAAAUGACUAAGAUGACCAUAGUUAGAUACAGGCCAAAGCUACUUUUGUGCAUGGGUUAUGGAGCAAAAUAUGCAAUGUGAAUGACUUCUUUUUUUUUUCUUAUUAUUGUUUGUUUGUAGAGAUUGUACAAAGCUAUUCCUUCAUGUUA